AUGGCAACUUCAUACAUGGUUCUUGCAGUGAAUUCCUCUGUUCAAAAACGACCCUUUAUUGUCCCACAAAGGUUUAAGCACUCCAUGACUGUAGGACUUUCCUCCGUAUUCAAGCCAAUCUUAAGAGCGUUUCCGCAAAUUCCGCUGCAAAUGGAUGCAUCGAAAACCAUGACAGACAUUAAAUCUAAAUUCCUUGAGGCUGUUGUUGAUUCAUUAUUUGAGUAUGUGGACCAGCCACUGCUUCCAUCUCAGAGUAACUUUGCUCCAGUGGAAGAGAUAGGGGAAGACACGCUUAUCACUCACAUCCAAGGUGAAAUACCACAGCAUUUUCCAGAGGGUGUCUUCAUUCGAAAUGGACCAAAUCCACUAUUCAGAGGACUCAAAUCAACUAAGUCUAUUUUGGGGAAGACAAAUAGCGCUUGGGUGGAAGGAGAAGGAAUGCUUCAUGCUUUGUAUUUCAAAAAACAAAGUGACGGGAACUGCGUCGUCGUCUACAACAACCGAUACGUUGAAACUGAAACAUACAAGCUUGAGAAACACAGUACCAAACCUUUGUUUCUCCCUGCAGUUAGAGGAGAUUCAUUGGCGGUAUUGUCUUCGAUUCUGCUAAACCGGUUGAGAUUUGGAAAAUCAAAUGAAGAUUAUAGCAACACCACUGUGAUAGAGCAUUCAGGCAAGUUCUACUCGGUUACUGAUAAUCACAUGCCACAAGAGAUUGACAUCUUCACACUUAGUACUUUAAAGGACUGGGAUGUCAAUGGAGCCUGGAAUCGUCCUUUUGCCAGCCACCCCAAGAAAGUUCCAGGUACAGGAGAGCUAGUUAUUUUUGGGGUAGCUGCAACUAAACCCUAUCUGGAAGUUGGAAUAGUAUCUGCUGAUGGAAAGGAAAUGGUUCAUAAAGAAGACAUAAAACUAGACAGGUGCUCUUUUUGCCAUGAUAUAGGUAUCACAAGCAGGUACAUUGCGAUAUUGGAUUUUCCACUGACAAUAGAUUUAAACAGACUACUAAGAAGAGAACCAUUAAUCAAAUACGAGAAGGAGAAAUAUGCGAGGAUUGGGAUAAUGCCGCUCUAUGGUGAUGCAGAAUCAAUCCAUUGGUUUGAGGUGGAACCUAAUAGCACAUUUCAUGUCAUCAAUACUUUUGAGGAUGGUGAUGAGGUUGUAAUAUGGGGUUGCAGAGCACUAGAUGCAAUAAUUCCAGGACCUGAAGAUGGUCUAAAUGAAAAGUGGUUCUCUCGUUGUUAUGAAUGGCGAUUAAACAUGAAAAAUGGGGAGGUUAAGGAGAAAUAUCUCACUGCACCGCAACAGUUUAUGGAUUUCCCCCUAAUCCAUCCAAGUUUCACAGGAAUUAAGAAUAGAUAUGGAUACACCCAAGUGAUUGAUCCCAUUGCGAGUUGUGCUGCAAACAUUCCUAAAUAUGGAGCUCUGGCCAAGCUACAUUUUGAAGAACCAUGUUCAGAAUUCCUUACGGGAGAAACACAAGAAGAAGAGCCUAUAAGGGUUGAAUAUCAUAGGUUUGAAAGGAAUGUGUUUUGCACUGGAUCUUCCUUUGUGCCUAAAGAAGAUGGUCUUGAAGAAGAUGAUGGUUGGAUAAUCACUUUUGUUCACAAUGAAGACACCGGCAUAUCCCAAGUUCAUAUAAUUGACACAAAGAAGUUUUCUGGCGAGGCAGUUGCCAAAAUCACCAUGCCUUGCAGGGUUCCAUAUGGAUUUCACGGGGCUUUCAUGCCAAUCUCAUUUUAA